CGUGCAUCCCCGCCGUACAACGAGCUGCGUAGUGAUGUGAUGACAAGCGAAAGGAAGCGGACAGUCCGUCAAACUGUUUAGCAAAGUUAGAAUAGAAAAACAUCGCUGGAAUACUUCAAUCUAGCGUUUUAUGACUCCCACGUUUGGCGAAGCACGGCACCUGCACUUCGCUGCUGGCAGCUUCGAAAAGUCGUAAUAAGCAAACAGGCAAUUACGACGACCAGCAUGUCGGCCAUGGAGAUUGACAGCGUCAUUGGAGUCAAGCGGAACCAGACCCAGCUAUCCCGGCUGCAGCAAAAAGUCUUUGUCCGCUCAAACCGUGGCAAGGCGACCAAGGUCGUCCGUGAACACUAUCUCCGUAACGAUAUCCCAUGCUCAUCACAACUCUGCCUUCGCUGUCAACAAACGGCCCCACCCGACGCAAAAGGCCGGAUCCGCCAUGCCGUUCUCGCCGCGACUCCCUCCUCAACAAAGUCCCUCGGUCCUCACUACCUAGUACCAGACACCAACAUCUUCUUUCACUGUAUGGACUUGAUGGAGAGAACAGAUGCGAUUUUUGACGUGAUCGUCCUACAAACUGUAUUGGACGAGCUGAGAAAUCGGAGCACGCCGCUGUAUAACCGUCUGAGACAGCUUUGCUUGGAUGGUGAUAAGAGGUUCUAUGUCUUUCAUAAUGAGUUCAGGGAGGAGACAUAUGUGAUCAGGGAUGCUGGGGAGACCAUCAACGACAGGAAUGACAGGGCUGUGCGAGUUGCGUGUGCGUGGUACAAGAAGCAUUUGCAGGAGGCUGUUAGGGGAUCGGGCACGAAGGUACCGGAGGUGGUUAUGUUGACCAAUGACCGUGGAAACCGUGAGAAGGCGAAGGCGGAGGGUGUUGUGAACAGCUCGGUGAACGACUACGUAUCUGGUCUUUCGAACGCUGACGAGUUGCUCGACAUGAUCUCUGCAGCUUUCGAUGAGGAAAACCAGGUCACGAAGAAGGGCGAGAACAUUUAUCCAGAAUACUUGUCCGCCGCUCGUCUGUUGGAGGGUGUGAAGUCGAUGAAGUACCACCAGGGAGUCUUCAACGUCUCGCCAUACAACUACCUCGAAGGAUCUGUGCCUGUUCCAGCUUUCGACCGUCCUCUGAAGGUUAUCGGACGCGAGCAUAUUAACCGUGCUAUUCAGGGUGACGUCGUCGUCGUCGAGAUGCUCCCAGAAUCCGAGUGGUACACCCCCGUCGCCAAGAUCAUCGAGGAUGAGGAGGUGAACAAGAACGAGGGAGCAGACAACGAUGACGAGAAAGAAGGCGUCGUCUCGGAACAAGAGAGAAAGGAACUGGAGGACGAGAAAGCUAAGGGGGUCAGAAAAGAGAUCAAGCCCGAACCAACCGCGAAGGUUGUUGGUGUCAUCAAGCGCAAAUGGAGAUCGUACGUCGGCCACAUCGACCCCUCCUCCGUCUCCGCAUCCAAGAAGGGCCGCGGACAACAAACGGUCUUUGUCCUUCCCAUGGACAAGCGUAUCCCCAAGAUCAGGAUCAGGACGCGUCAGGCGACAAACCUGCAAGGCCAACGUAUCGUUGUCUCCAUCGACGCAUGGGAACGCACUUCUCGUUACCCGGAAGGCCACUUCGUCCGUGCCCUCGGAGAAAUCGAAUCAAAGGGUGCCGAAACUGAGGCUAUCCUUUUGGAGUACAAUGUCCAAUACCGGCCCUUCCCCAAAGCCGUCCUUGAUUGUCUCCCCAAAGAAGGCCACGACUGGGUCGUACCAGCAAAAGAAGACCUUCGAUGGAAAGAUAGGAAGGAUUUCAGGGAUAUGCUUGUGUGCAGUAUCGAUCCCCCUGGGUGUCAAGAUAUCGAUGACGCGCUUCAUGCGAAGUUAUUGCCGAAUGGGAAUUACCAGGUUGGUGUUCACAUUGCCGAUGUCACGCAUUUCGUGAAACCUGAUACACCGAUGGACGAUGAAGCCGCUUCCCGUGGUACGACCGUCUAUCUCGUUGACAAGCGUAUCGACAUGUUACCGCAUUUGCUUGGAACAGAUUUGUGUUCGCUCAAGCCUUAUGUUGAGCGCUUCGCCUUCUCGACGAUUUGGGAGGUUACCCCCGAGGCGGAUAUCGUGAAUGUCGAGUUUACCAAAUCGGUUAUCAAGUCUAAGGAAUCGUUUUCGUAUGAGCAGGCGCAGAUGAGGAUUAACGAUGAGUCACAGCAGGAUGAUUUGACGAAGGGUAUGAGAAUUCUCCUUGCCUUGUCUAAGAAGUUGAAACAGAAGCGUAUGAACGCCGGAGCGCUUAACCUCGCUUCUCCUGAAGUCAAGGUCCAGGUUGAGUCUGAGACGUCUGAUCCUGCUGAGGUUGAGGUGAAGCAGCUUUUUGAGACGAACUCUUUGGUUGAGGAGUUCAUGUUGCUCGCGAAUAUCUCUGUUGCUGAUAAGAUUUACGAGAAGUUCCCUGAGUCUGCGAUGUUACGUCGACACGGAGCUCCUCCUGCCACCAACUUUGAGGUUUUGCAGGAUAUGCUCAAGACGAAGAAGAACAUGUCGUUGGAUGUCUCCUCAUCCAAGGCUGUUGCUGACUCUCUCGAUCGUUGCACGGACCCGAAAGAGCCGUACUUCAACACCCUUCUCCGUAUCAUGGCUACCCGUUGCAUGUUAGCCGCCGAGUACUUCGGUUCCGGCCAAUUCGCCGAAUCCGAGUUCAGACAUUACGGUCUCGCGACUCACAUCUACACCCACUUCACCUCCCCCAUCCGUCGUUACGCAGACGUCAUGGUCCAUCGACAACUCGCCGCCGCGAUUGGAUACGAGGAGCCGCAUCCUUCCCUCGUUGACAAAGUCAAGUUGGAGGAUAUCUGCUCCAACAUUAACUUUAGGCAUAGGAAUGCGCAGUUUGCGGGCCGUGCGUCAGUUGAGUACUAUGUCGGCCAGGCAUUGAAGAACAAGGUUGCUGAGGUUGAUGCGUUCGUUAUGAAGGUUUUCAAGAACGGUUUCGCUGUGUUUAUUGCGCAGUUCGGUAUCGAGUCUCUGAUUUACGUUCGUGAUCUGGCGAAGCCUGAACCUGAGACUGAGUUUGUGCCGGAGGAGUACUCGUUGGCGAUUGAGAGGAAGAGUAAGCAGCCGUAUAAGGUGUCUGUGUUUGACAAGAUCAAGGUUAGGGUUAAGGUUGUCAAGGAGGAGAACACUGGAAAACAGAAGGUUUCGAUGGAGUUGGUGGAUUAUUAA